AUGAAUGAGUGGGAAGUGAUCGAUGAAGAAGAGGAAAAAAGAAGAUUAGAAAAGGUUGGAGAAAUGGAAAAUGUCAUGGGUGUGUUGCCGGGCAAAUCUUCUUUGGCGGUGAACAUAGGUUUCCUGCUUCAUGACCUGAAUGACAAGCAGAUGAAUUAUCAUCUGCCAAAGAAGUUCAACUAG